AAUUGACAAUGAAUUGUGUAAAAGUUGUUGACAAAUUUGGUGAUUUUGUAAAACAACUACCAGAUUUAGCUGCACAAUGUAAAGGAAUACUGACAAGUGCAACUCAGUAUUUCAAAAUUCUUGAUGGUAUCCGUGGUCCAAAUUAUGUAUUAUCAAGUCAAUGGAGGGAAGAAGAAGAUUUUCACAAGUAUCUUACUGAAGGUGAACGUUGUUUUUUCAUAUUUGAAUGUCAGAGUUUAGUAGAAAAAAUUACUGAUCUCUAA